AUGUCGAAAAAUCCUACCGUUAACAACAUUAAAGUGUUGUUCCAUAAGAUGACCCUGGCCGCAUGUGAGUACUUUGAUAUAGUUUGCACCGCGUCCAUAAACCCACGGACAUGCAUAGGUAAAUACAUUUCAAACCGAAUGCGGACGAUUCCGGGAGAAGUUAUCAUCGCAGAUUAUUCUGAAGGUACCUCGGAGUUCAGAAGUACUAGCCUCACAAAUCGUAUUGCACCCGAUACGUCAACUGGCACACCACCAAUUCGUUCACUUCAAAAGACGGAGAGUCAGUUUUUGUUGGCUAACGGCUGA